UAUGCGACGUACCGCCGUCACUUCCGGUGCACAUGUAAACUCCGCAGCGUGGUUUACGUGUAGCUGUCAGAGUGUUUGCAGUUUUCUGGCUUUAUAGCGCCUGUUUGUAAACAUGAAGCUCCUCACGCACAACAUGUUGACGUCUCACGUGAAAGGGGUCACCAAGGGAUACCCACUGCUCAUCAAGGCCACUGAGGUGAAGGUGAACGAGGUGGAGUUUAACCCUCAGUUUGUCAGCCGGAUGAUCCCCAAACUGGAGUGGGGCGCUCUGGUCCAGGCAGCGGAGGAGCUGGGUCAUCGGCAGGACCUGCCAGGCGAGCUGGUGCAGGACUACGAGAAAAACGAAGACUUCCUGAAGAAAGUGCACCGAGUGCUGUUAGAGGUGGAGGUGAUAGAGGGCUGUCUGCAGUGCCCUGAAUCAGGACGGGAGUUCCCGAUCUCCAAAGGAAUCCCCAACAUGCUGCUGAAUGAAGACGAGGUGUAGAUGGCACCACCUUCUCACCCCUAAACUGUGUUUCUGACCCUGGACUGCGUGCAUUCAGAGACAGGCUGGACUCUGGCCAGAGUUGGAAAACGGGCCACUGGUUUGGUUGUAGUUGUGGCAUCUGAGCAGCCGAUGCCGCCAGUGGAGAAGAUUUGACGAUUAACAGAUGGAAACGUUCCCUGAGAGUAACCCCCAGUGCUUUUAUUUGUAUUUAUUUUUGUAACUGUUUUGACUCCUUUCUUGUUUUUACUUGUCUUUUCUUUUUUCUUUUCCUUUUUCAAUAAAACUGUCCAGAUUUUCAUGACA